AUGGGAAAGCAAGAACAGAUACAGCGUGACGCUCACAUUUCUGGGCAAUCCAAUGAGCCUCUCUCCAAACCAGCCCACGCGCUUUGCUUUCAAACAGUCAUCGAGGAAACAGGGGCCAAUCCUCAAGAUGGACUUACCAGCGCAGAAGCUAAGCGUCGACUGGAGCGCUUCGGGAGGAAUGAGCUUGGAGAUACGGGCUCUGUACAGCCUAUUCUUAUUAUGGCCAUGGCGGUCAGUUUCGGUAUCAAGGCUUGGAUCGAAGGCGGCGUUUUGGCAGCCGUUCUUUUCAUCAAUAUUGGGGUUGGGUUCGUCCAGGAGUUUCAGGCACAGAAAACCAUGGACUCCCUUAGGUCUUUGAGCUCUCCCACAGCAAACGCAGUUCGCAACGGCUUGACCGUUUCAAUCCCCACCGCUGAGGUCGUCCCAGGAGACAUGAUAGAGAUGAAAGCUGGAGAGACGAUCCCCGCUGAUGUCCGCCUCAUAGAGACCAUAAAUUUCGAUACCGAUGAGGCUCUUCUCACCGGCGAAUCCCUCCCUGUGCGCAAAGACGCGAGCGCCAUAUUCGACGAAGACACUGGCCCUGGAGACCGGCUUAACGUUGCCUACAGUUCCUCGACGGUCACAAAGGGCAGAGCAAGGGGCAUCGUAUUUGCCACCGGGGUAUAUACCGAGAUCGGGUCCAUAGCAGCGGCACUACGAGCCAAGGGCUCCAGACGCCGGCGAGUGAAGCGCAAGCCAGACGGCACCGCCAAGCCGCAUCGCUACGCCGAAGCAUGGAUCUUGACUAUCUCAGAUGCAGUCGGCAAGUUUCUCGGAGUAAACGAAGGCACACCAUUGCAGCGGAAGCUGUCUUGGCUUGCAAUCAUCCUUUUUGGGACGGCCAUUCUAUGCGCGAUCAUUGUGCUUGCGGCCAACAGCUUCAGCAACAAGCAGGAGGUCAUCAUAUACGCUGUUGCGACUGGUCUCAGUAUGAUCCCGUCAUCCUUGGUUGUUGUGCUUACCAUCACCAUGACUGUUGGCACGAAGAGGAUGGUAAAAAGGCAUGUAAUUGUGCGCAACUUGAAUUCCCUUGAAGCGCUCGGGGCUGUUACAGAUAUCUGCUCAGAUAAAACCGGUACGCUUACCCAAGGCAAGAUGGUUGCGAAGAAGGCCUGGAUUCCUUCGCACGGCACCUAUUCCAUCGGCGAGUCCAGCGAGCCGUAUAACCCGACCGUGGGCGACGUAUAUCUCGACCGCCGGCAGCCGCGAGAUAUCAAUUUCAAGACUGCCGACACAGGUCCAGCAAAGGACUAUCACGAACUUCUCGAAGGCAACACCAGCCUAGAAGAAUACCUCAAAGUGGCCUCGCUCGCAAAUCUCGCUGUCGUCCACCAAGACUCCUCGGAUGACUGGAAAGCCCGCGGCGACCCAACCGAAAUUGCCAUUCAAGUUUUCGCAUCCCGUUUCAACUGGAAUCGCACUCAGCUUACGUCAUCCGGAAAAGACGGCAUGCAGCCGGCGGCAUGGAAACUGUUGGCGGAAUUUCCUUUCGACUCGGACAUUAAACAGAUGUCGGCCAUUUACCAGGAAACGGUGACAGGGGAAGCGCACGUCUUUACCAAAGGUGCGGUUGAGCGCAUCAUCGACUCAUGCACGUCCAUCUGCUUGGAUGGUGAGACAGAGGGCCCCCUGAAUGCUGAGCUACGUGACGCCAUUCUGGCCAAUAUGGAAGCUCUUGCAGCCCUCGGCCUCCGCGUCCUUGCCCUGGCGAGCAGACCGUUCAACGGACCAAGUACGGAUGACUCCAGCCAGGAUAUGGACCGCAGCAUGGUCGAGAGUGAACUGAUAUUCCGCGGCUUGAUCGGCCUGUAUGAUCCGCCGCGCCUAGAGUCAGCGCAGUCUGUCCGACAAUGCCAUGCAGCGGGCAUAGUGGUGCAUAUGGUGACGGGCGACCACCCGGGGACGGCGCGCGCCAUAGCUGCCGAUGUCGGAAUUCUUCCAUCGGCGGAGGAGACGAAAUGCCUGAAUAAAGACACCGCUGACUCCAUGGUCAUGACAGCGGCACAGUUCGACAAGAUGAGCGAUGACCAGCUAGACAUGCUGCCGGUGCUGCCGCUCGUGAUUGCGCGGUGUGCGCCCAGCACGAAGACUGGUGAUGGCGUCAACGAUUCACCCUCCCUUAAGCGCGCUGACGUUGGUAUCGCUAUGGGCCAAUCCGGCUCCGACGUGGCCAAAGACGCAUCCGACAUCGUCCUCUCCGAUGAUAACUUCGCGUCGAUCCUCAAUGCGGUCGAAGAAGGGCGGCGCAUGUUCGACAAUGUGCAAAAGUUUAUCCUGCACGUACUCUCCCAAAACUUGGCGCAGGCAUUGAUUCUGCUCGUCGGCCUGGUCUUCAAGGACAAUAGUCCAGAAAAGCUAUCCGUAUUCCCACUAAGCCCGGUUGAGAUAGUCUGGUUGGUUAUGAUCACGUCUGGCUUGCCGGAUAUGGGGCUGGGUUUCGAGCAGGCGGCCGAAGGUAUCAUGGUGAAGAAGCCGCGGAGCCUCAAACGUGGUGUCUUCACACCCGAAAUUAUGCUCGAUAUGCUCGUCUACGGCAUCUGGGUGGCAGCGCUUUGCUUGGGUGCCUUCUCCCUCGUUAUUUACGGCUUCGGUAAUGGAUCCAUUGGUACCAACUGCAACAACACCUACUCAGCCAGCUGUGACCUUGUGUUCCGAGCCCGUGCUACGACGUACGCCUGCUUGACCUGGUUCGUCCUGUUUCUGGCAUGGGAGAUGGUCGACAUGCGCCGUUCGUUCUUCCACAUGCGGCCCCCGACUGAUGGUAGCCGCUGGGUGCCCCAGUGGUGCCGCGACGUGUGGAAGAACCAGUUUUUAUUCUGGGCGAACAUUAGUGGGUUCGUGAUGGUGUUCCCGAUUCUCUAUUUGCCAGUCAUCAACGAAGAGGUGUUCCGACACACGGAUGAUCAAAAGUACUCCGCAAGCAACAAUGUCCCUAUGGUUGCCGACAAUAGCUCGCAGGAAUUGAACUGCGCUCACAAUAGGAAGCUGCUACUCAAAACAGACUCGAUCGCGCUUCCACUGAUUGUCAUAACGUCCACACUCGCCUUUCUGGACAAGAACGGAAUGGCAUACGCCGCGGUCUACGGCAUGAAGACGGAUACGAAUCUCAAGGGGCAGGAAUACAGUUGGCUCGGCAGCAUUUUCUACUUCGGCUACGGAAUUUUUGGUGGCAUCCUCAGCUACGCCAUCGGCAACAUCAAUGGAAGCCUCCCAACUUGGAAGUAUAUCUUCCUCAUCUACGGGGCUGUUACUAUGGCUUACAGUAUUGUUGUUUUCGCCGCUUUGCCGGACCUCCCGGAGAAAGCGUGGUUCUUCUCCCCAGAACAGAAGAAGGCUGCCAUUAUUCGCACUGCCGAGAACCAGACGGAGGCCAAGAAGCAUAGAGGAUGGAAGCCCACACAGAUCCUAGAGGCUGUACGGGAUCCAAAAUAUUGGUGUGUGGUUGUCUUUACAAUCGCGCAGUCGGUCACGAAUGCGGGGAUCACCAACUUUAACCCUCUCAUCAUCUCCGGCUACGGCUACUCACAGUCCAAGACAACCCUGAUGGCGACACCUCAAGCAGCUGUAGCACUGGUUUCUCAGUGA